GGAGGACAUACACUUUCAACCCGGUGUCAAGCUAUUUUAAUUCUGGGUUAUGCGCCGCACAGGUACUGCAUGAGACCAAGUAAAUUUCAUUUGUAUUUUUGUAUUUGAUCUGUUUUGAAGAACUGGAAAUGUUGCCGUUUGUUUGAUUUCCAUUAUUCAGAGCCAGUGUGCUUCUGGAAAUAAUUAAUCCAGCAUAUCAAUAGACUGAUGAGUAGGUGCAUGAGGACAAACACUCUAGCAGGAGUCAAAGCAAAGGUGAACUCAGUGAAAACAACUCUUCUGCAGACCACAGAGCUCUGGAAGCCUGAGUGCCUUUCCUAGGAGUGUCAGCCAACCCAAUGGCCAGAGCUUUCAGCCACAAAUUUUGCUUUCUCCGAGGUGGUGCCUUUAGGGUUUUCAGAUUACAGGAAAGGACCGCAAUGACGUUGCCUGAGAUGGGCCGUGACAUCUUCAGGGCUGCCAUUAACGCUGUGCUUCCAGAUAACAUGAUGCGCCAAAAUCUGGUGUUAGAAGAUGGCCGCCUCCGAGUGGGCAACAAGAGCUAUCCACUGCAAAACAAUCUGUACCUAGUUGGAUUUGGAAAGGCUGUAUUAGGUAUGGCAGCAGCAGCAGAGAGGAUUCUCAGACAACAUUUGAUUCAAGGAGUAAUUAGUGUCCCACAUGGAAUUCAGGAAGAGUUGCAAAAAGCUGGACGAGUAGAUAUGCUACUGAAUGCUGACAGUCCAAUCAGAGUGAUGGAAGGAGCUCACCAUAAUCUGCCAGACCAGAAUGCCAUGGAGGCUGCCAGCACCAUCAGAGACCUAGCAAAUGGACUGACCAACCGUGAUUUGCUAUUAACGCUCAUCUCUGGAGGAGGUUCAGCCCUGCUACCUGCACCCUCGCCUCCUGUUUCUUUAGAAGAGAAACAGGAACUGACCAAACAACUGGCUGCCAAGGGUGCCACCAUUCAGGAGCUCAACACCAUUCGGAAGGCACUUUCACAACUGAAGGGUGGAGGUCUGGCCCGCUAUGCAUAUCCUGCCCAGGUGAUUGGCCUUAUCCUGUCUGACGUUAUUGGAGAUCCUAUGGACCUCAUAGCCAGUGGACCCACUGUUCUUAGUCUUUCUAAUUCACAGGAAUGCUGGGAGAUUUUUGAAAAGUAUGAUCUGUGCUCCUCUCUUCCAUCUUCUGUCAGAGAGGUUUUGAUUGAAAUUGAGACAGACAAGGAACCAGCUGGAAUAUCUAGAACAGACUCCAGCCAUACCUAUAAUGUCAUCAUUGGUUCCAACACACUAGCCCUUGAAGCUGCUUCUGCUUGUGCUGAGCAGCUUGGCUUCCUGCCUAUUGUGCUCUCUCCGGCAGUAUGUGGAGAGGUGCAGGCAGUUUCCCACCUUUAUGGCUUGCUGAUACGCUUUGCCUGUCAGGCCCUGCUCCCUGGAGGGCCCUCAGCUCAUUUGAGAGCUGCUAUUCUUCAGCUGGGCCCAGAAGUUGGAGUCCCUGACUGGGAUCUCUUCCGAACACUCAAGUCCAUAGAAGAGUGCACUGGUUCACUAUGCCUGCUUUCUGGUGGGGAACCCACAGUGCAAUUACAAGGAAAAGGUAAAGGAGGCCGAAAUCAGGAGCUUGCAUUGAGAGUGGCCGUAGAUUUAAGUCAAGGUAUGCCUUUGCCUGCUGGUUCUCAUGAAGUGCUAUUUCUCAGCUUGGGUACUGAUGGACAGGACGGCCCAACAGAUUCAGCUGGAGCGCUAUCGGAACCGAGUCUUGUGCAACAGGCAAUAGCUCAGGGACUCAACCCCUCAGAUUUCCUGAAGAACAAUGAUUCUUAUUCCUUUUUCAGUCAGUUCUCAGGGGGUAGAUGCCUAAUUCGCACUGGACUGACAGGCACCAACGUGAUGGAUGUGCAUUUGGUUCUGAUCCAGAGGACAUGUGACAGCCAAAGUUUCAGUUCACCUGGUCAAUAGGCUUCUUGUCACCUGCACCUAAAAACCAACUACACACAUUUUCCUUACAGUUCAACUUUGUGUCAUUGUUUGUAUUUUUGUAACAACAAUAUGAUGGAACAAGCAUUAAACAUUACUUUCCUCUGCUGCAACAGGAUACUACUGAA